UGGGAGUCGCUGAAUGUGCUUGAAUUUAACACUCCGCAGAAGGUCGCUCCGUCACAGUCGCCCUGGAAUCUAGCUACGUGAGACCCCGAAAACCACCCACCAUGGAUCUGAGAGUGCUGGCGGUAAUGGCUUUGCUGACGGUGGCGAUGUAUACACACGUAUCAUAUGCCAAGCCCAUCAGCCUGGUGGAGAGGUGUUGGUGCCGCUCCACGGUCAACACUGUCCCGCAGCGGACCAUCCGUGAGCUCAGGUUCCUGAACACCCCCAACUGUCCCUUCCAAGUCAUUGCCAGACUGAAGAACAGCAGAGAAGUGUGCAUUAACCCCGAGACUAAGUGGCUCCAGCAGUAUUUGAAGAAUGCCCUUAACAAGUAAGGAGAAACGUUUCUGACAAGAUAAAGAAAAACAAAAAACAGCCUAAUUAAGGACCCCCGCGAGGCGUCGGCCCGCCUUCCAAGCCCACCGCACAGAUACGUAACACAUGUACUCCUCUGGAAUGCUUGCUGAACCAGCACUUACCUGCCAGACAUGCCUUCAGCCCACCAAUGGCUCACCACUGCCGAUGCAGACACUUUUCCUAUUAGCGCAAAGUGCAAUUAUAUAUGUGUGAGUGUGCUUUUGUAAUGUGUGUCUGAUGGUUAUAAA